AUGAGCUCCAACUCCGACAAGCCUUUGAGCGUCUCUCCAAAGAGAAUGUCACCAGCCCGGGUUGUGAGCUUUUUAGAGAAGCAUUCUGGAAAAGAAGAAAGGGAACAAGAGAUGGAGACCAAGCAAAUGACUGUAUGCUCGAACGUAGACAUUCCGGCAAGACCACCAACUCCUCAUCCAUUCCUUACGGUGAACCAAACGGACAAUAGCGAAGCCAAAUUUACCGAAACUGGAACGCGUUCUCGUGUUGGACGUCUGAAAUCACCACCACCACCAUUUCCUCCAGGUCCUGUCACACGUUCUCAAGUUUCGCUUGAGCCUUCAGACAAGGGAAAGACCAGGAAGUUUGUCGAUCCGGCAGCGCGUCCGAAGCUAAUUCCUCGAACCCGGAAACGGCCACAACCUCCACCGGCGCAUCCAAGUCGUGUUGACUCUCCUGAAGUUUCACCUCACGCUGCCUUUGACAACUUCCAGCAAGUGCCAACUCCGGAAUUGAAUGGACCAGGAAACAUGGCGUUCAGCUUCGGGACUUCUACGUCCAAACCAACAGUCAAUCUCGGCAUGAGCACGAACCCCCCAGCCAACCCUGGAACCUCCCUCUUUGGACAGCCCGCUUCGCAGCCUGCGGCGGCGACCACCUCUGCCACUCCAAAUGCAGGCGGAUCCUCCCAACCUCAAAUUGACCUUGCUCACAUGCGCUCCACCACCAAGUUCGAACAUCUCACCCCCGACAUUCAGCGUGAGAUUGAGUUGAUGGACUCCAUGAUCUACAAUCAGAUCAGCUUGGCCCAACAAGUUUCGGAGCUUAUUCCCCUCGUCAUGGGUGCGGGUGAGACCAUUCCCAACGGUGUUGAUUUUGUCACCCAGAAACUCGAAGAACUCGAGACCGGUCUAGGCAAUGACGCCGAAGCCAUUGUGGAGGCCAAAGAUGGAGGCAUCAAAAAGAAUGAGCUCGAAGCCAAGGCAGUCUUCCGCGCAGUCGACAGACUCAAGAUGCCUCGUCAGUAUCAAGCAAGCCACACCUCCAAUGAAGGUUUCGGUCAAUCCAGCGCAGGUGGCAUGUACAGCGGUGCGGGUCUGAGUGGUUGGUGGAACAAUCCUCAAACCCUUCGAGGCAGUGUCCGUGGCGCCAAUGCCGCAGGCCACACCAUGCAGCUCCCCGGCGACGACACGGAGGAAGUCCAGGGACCCAAGAGCCUCAUUGACAUCUUCAACGCUCGCUGCAACGGCAUGGAACAGCGGAUCGAGGAACAAACACAACUUCUUGAGCAAAUCGAGCAGUACACCCGAGGCCUCCAGGGCAAGGUCACCAGCAAGGAACGUGAAGUGAAUGAACGUCUGGCCUACGGCGACCGCGACGGAGGCGCGAUGAGCGAAAAAGUGCACAAUAUGCAAAUGCUACGCUACGUCUUUGGAGAAGUUCAACGCAGCAUGUAUGAUGUUGCAGAAAAGGUCGCUGCGGCUCGUGAUGAGCUGGCACGACUGGACCGUGAAGGCAACUAA